AUGGGGCACGAGAAAAGAUCAGCUGGCAAGUCCUUUACUCCAGGCCUAUUUAUAGAGGACAUAACAGAUUUCGGGCAGAAGAGCUCCAGUUUGCUCAGGAUUUCCAUUGAAGCAGUCAAAAAUAAAAACCCGCCUGUUGCAUCAAAAACCAGCCCAAAUUUUAAAGACCCGAUUUUUUUCCGGUCGGACGUGACCAAAAGGAGCCCAAUUGGGCGGGAACCCGCCCAAUCUGGCAACAGUGCUGAUGGAGAUGAACAUAAGGACAGAGAGGAAGAUGAACAUGAGGACAAAGAGGAAGAUUACGGAAGUGCUCAUGAGGACAAAGAGGAAGAUGAUGAAGAUGAACAAGAGGAGAAACAGGAAGAUGAUGAAAAUGAACAGGAGUACAGAGAGGAAGAUGAUGAAAAUGAACAGGAGUACAGAGAGGAAGAUGAUGAAAAUGAACAGGAGUACAGAGAGGAAGAUGAUGGAAAUGAACAGGAGUACAGAGUGGAAGAUGAUGAAGAUGAACGGGAGGACAGAGAAGAAGAUGAUGGAAAUGAACAGGAGUACAGAGAGGAAGAUGAUGAAGAUGAACAGGAGGACAGAGAAGAAGAUGAUGGAAAUGAACAGGAGGACAGAGAGGAAUAUGAUGGAAAUGAACAGGAGUACAGAGAGGAAGAUGAUGAAGAUGAACAGGAGUACAGAGAGUACAGAGAGGAAGAUGAUGAAGAUGAACAGGAGGACAGAGAGGAAGAUGAUGGAAAUGAACAGGAGUACAGAGAGGAAGAUGAUGAAGAUGAACAGGAGGACAGAGAGGAAGAUGGUGGAAAUGAACAGGAGUACAGAGUGGACAAUGAUGAAGAUGAACAGGAGGAUAGAGAGGAAGAUGAUGGAAAUGAACAAGGGUACAGAGAGGAAGAUGAUGAAAAUGAACAGGAGGACCAUCAGGAAGAUAAUGAAGGUGAACAUGAGGACAGAGAGGAACAUGAUGGUGAACAACAGAGAGUUGGAGAGGAGAAAAGCCAAGAUCGAGAUAAAGACUCAAACCUAUUGAAGGAUGGCUUCGUCCCUAAAAGCCCCUACCUUGCCAUCAAAGCCAUGCAGGGUGACAUAUAG